GCGAAGCUCUUCUCCAUGCUGCGGCACCCCAACAUCAUCCAGCUGCGCGGCGUCUGCCUGCGGCAGCCCAACCUCUGCCUAGUGCUCGAGUUCGCCCGCGGCGGAGCGCUCAACCGUGCCCUGGCCGCCGCCGCAGACCCGCGCGCCCCCAGCCCGCGCCGCGCGCGCCGCAUCCCCCCGCACGUCCUGGUCAACUGGGCGGUGCAGAUAGCGCGCGGCAUGCUCUACCUACAUGAGGAGGCCAUCGUGCCCAUCCUGCACCGGGACCUCAAGUCCAGCAACAUUUUGCUCCUGGAGAAGAUAGAGCAUGACAGUGACGUCUGCCAUAAAACGUUGAAGAUUACAGAUUUUGGGCUAGCAAGGGAGUGGCACAGGACAACCAAAAUGAGUGCCGCCGGCACGUAUGCGUGGAUGGCGCCUGAAGUCAUCAAGUCCUCCUUGUUUUCUAAAGGAAGUGAUAUCUGGAGUUAUGGAGUGCUGCUGUGGGAACUGCUCACGGGAGAAGCUCCCUAUCGUGGCAUUGAUGGCCUUGCUGUGGCUUAUGGAGUAGCAGUCAAUAAGCUCACUCUGCCCAUUCCAUCUACCUGUCCUGAGCCAUUUGCUAAGCUAAUGAAAGGUAUCUAUCUGUGCAGCUGUGAGCUGCGAUCACGUGAAGAGGAGCUAACUCGAGCGGCUCUUCAGCAGAAGUCUCAGGAAGAAUUGCUAAAGCGGCGCGAACAGCAGCUUGCAGAGCGCGAGAUCGAUGUGCUAGAGCGGGAGCUCAACAUUAUGAUAUUCCAGUUAAACCAGGAAAAGCCUAAUGUGAAAAAGAGGAAGGGGAAGUUAAAGAGAAGUCGUUUAAAACUCAGAGAUGGGCAUCGAAUCAGUUUACCUUCAGAUUUUCAGCACAAAAUUACCGUGCAGGCUUCUCCUAACUUGGAAAAACGAAGAAGUUUGCACAGUAACAGCUCUAGUCCACCAAGCAGCCCGACGAUAAUCCCCCGACUCCGAGCCAUACAGUUGACUUCAGAUGAAAGCAAUAAAACUUGGGGAAGGAACACAGUCUGUCGCCAAGAAGAAUUUGAAGAUGUAAAAAGGCAUUUUAAGAAAAAAGGUUGUACCUGGGGACCAAAUUCGAUUCAGAUGAAAGAAAGAACUGACUGCAAAGAAAGAAUAAGACCUCUCUCAGAUGGCAACAGUCCUUGGUCAACCAUCUUAAUAAAAAGUCAGAAAACCAUGCCCUUGGCUUCAUUAUUUGUGGACCAGCCAGGUGCUUGUGAAGAGCCAAAGCUUUCCCCUGAUGGAUUAGAAAACAGAAAACCAAAGCAAAUAAAAUUGCCUAACCAAGCCUAUGUUGAUCUACCUCUUUGCAAAGAUAACCCCAGAGAGAAUUCUGUGGAACCUGAAAGCUUUGAGGAGGGGGUCUCUGCAGGUUCUGCCUUGGGCACUCCUCAGGUGACUCCUACAAAUAGUCUGAGUAGAGCACCCCAGAAGAAGAAAAUGGAAUCUGCUCUGUAUGAGUGUACCAUGCUGCUGGCAUCUGUGGCUUUGGGACUGGAUAUUAGAGAGCUUGGUAAGGCACAGGCUCCUGAAGAAUUGCUGCUCAAGGAAGAAAAGAAGAAACGAGAGGGAAUCUUCCAGCGUGCCUCCAAGCCUCGCAGAAGUGCCAGUCCUCCGACAAGGCUGCAGUCUAAGAGAGAGGAGAGCAACAGCCCGCCCUCACUCCUACUGUCAAGUGCUGUGAACCUUCUGUCUGUGCCUUCGCUUUCCACAAAGUGCUUGUUGCAGACAGACAGUGAGGACAUGUCUGUGGGCAGCAUACACGUCACCUGUCACCCAGAGAUUCCUGCUCCACGUCUCUGUUCUGCCAUCCAUGGAAGUUGUCAUGAGCCAACCUCAGUGUCAAGACUUGAGACUGAUCACAGUCUACCAAAAAAACUGUUUCCUUCCCCCAUAAAGCAGACACAUGGGAACGUGCCUUACUGUGCUUCUUCAAAAGGAAGAGCAUCACAUCACAGACGGACCAUGUCUGAUGGAAAUGCUUCUCAGACCCCAACUGGUACAACUGUUAUCUCAGCCACUGAAGCCUCUGAACUGCCACUUAGGCAGGUUUUGGGGCUGCCAUACCCGCCUUCUGCUCCUCGCAAUAACCUGCCAAGUGUGGACUCACCUGCAACCCGAGGAGCUGUCAGCAUUGUGCCUCGGCCUCGCCCUUCCUCCCUGAGAAGCCGAUUGGAUCCGCUGCAGGCUCCCCUGUGGAGAACAGAGUCUCCGCCUGCACAGGCAGACAGUCUGGUGGGUCACCCAGGACCAACCCCUGCCUGCCUUCCUUGUGCCAAGGAGAGAAGUGAAUUGCACAGGCCUUCCUUACUGGACGCAGAUGUGGAAGGUCAGCCCAGGGAUAACACAGUGCCUUUGUGCAGAAUGAAGAGCAAAACCAGCCGGCCAUCUAUAUAUGAGCUGGAGAAAGAAUUUCUGUCUUAA